GGCCAGGCCAGCAGUAUAUAAGAUGCAGCGGUGGGCAGGCAUGUGGUGAGCAAGAGGGAGGGAGGGGCAAGAGAGGGAAAGCGCAAAGGGACGGACCCUCGCAACAUCGAAGCUAGUCCAAACUAGUGGGAGGUUGUGUGCAGGGAGGAAGACGACGACCAAGCUCGACGAAGCUGCUGCUUCUGCUGCUACGUACCCAUUGAUCAAGAGAAUCCUAGCUCUCAAUCCUCAUCCAUGGCGAGGGGCAAGGUCCAGCUGCGGCGCAUCGAGAACCCGGUGCACCGGCAGGUGACCUUCUGCAAGCGCCGGGCCGGGCUGCUCAAGAAGGCCCGGGAGCUCUCCGUCCUCUGCGACGCCCACAUCGGCAUCAUCAUCUUCUCCGCGCACGGCAAGCUCUACGACCUCGCAACCACCGGAACCAUGGAGGAACUGAUCGAGAGGUACAAGACGGCCAGUGGAGAAGCAGCCCUGCAGGGUGACGGCGGCGGCGACCACAGAAUGGACCCAAAACAGGAAACCAUGGUGCUGCAACAGGAAAUCAAUCUGCUCCAGAAGGGUCUGAGGUACAUAUACGGGAACAGGGCAAAUGAACACAUGACUGUUGAAGAACUGAAUGCCCUAGAGAGGUACUUGGAGAUAUGGAUGUACAACAUCCGCUCCGCAAAGAUGCAGAUAAUGAUUCAAGAGAUCCAAGCACUGAAAAGCAAGGAAGGCAUGUUGAAAGCUGCUAACGAAGUUCUCCAGGAGAAGAUAGUAGAACAGAGUGGUUUGCUCGACGUAGGCGUGAUGGUAGCAGAUCAGCAGAAUGGGCAUUUUAGUACAGUCCCACUGAUAGAAGAGAUCACUAACCCACUGACUAUACUGAGUGGCUAUUCUAAUUGUAGGGGCUCAGAGAUGGGCUAUUCCUUCUAACGGUAAUAACACCCUGAGGGGCUCGUUCUGUUGAUUACUAGUGUGUAAUACAAUUAAUAAGCUUGUGUAAUGGUUUGUUCUGCUACUUUGGUGUAACUUCUAGUUAUAUAGGACAUUGUCCCUCAGGAGUGCCCUGGUAUUGUAUUGUCAUACAUUGUGGUUCUUUGCUUCCCUAAAGAACUCUUGAGGAGCUCUGAUGUUGUGUUACUUCACUUGAUGGCGAAUAUAUGUUUGUGUUUCAUUCUCA